CCCUAAAAAGUUACGCUUAUAGCUUUUUUUGUUGAAAUAAUGAACCAUCCGUCGUCUUGUCAUUGCGUGAUUAAGCAAGCGCUAGACAAAGAAAAGUUGGACAUUGAAAUUAUAAAUGCAGAAAAAGUUCAGUCAACAAAAAGUAGUAAUAAACGUGGCAACAGCAGCAACAAUAGCAGCAGUAUGAGUAGUGGAUAUCAUGUAUACAAAAUAACGACUUUUUGUGACGAGAUUGUGAAAGAGACAAGUCGAAGAUAUAGCGAAUUUGCAUCACUGCGACAAUCUUUGAUUCGAUUAUAUCCGAGUUUGAUUAUCCCUCCUAUACCAGAAAAGCACUCUAUAGCGGACUACACUUAUACAACGCAAAAGAAGAGUAAAGAAGAUACUGCUGUUAUUCAUAAACGAAAGAGAAUGUUGGAUAGAUUUUUAAAGAGGACAGCUGCGCAUCCUAUUUUGAGAAAUGAACACCUCUUCCAUUCCUUUAUUGAUGGAAAUGAGACCUGGUUAGCAUCUAUAGCCAAUCUACCCAAGGAUCCUCUCUUAUCCGUACUGGAACACAGCUUUACUUCAUCUAUCACCAACAACCUUCCAACCACUUCUUCAUCAUUCUCAUCGAAUAACGUCAUACCCAUUCCUACUUUAUCUUACACACUGAAAUACCCUGACAAAGAAUUUGAAUCUUCCGAGUAUAAGCUAGGUAAAGCAGCUCAACACUCGGUAUUGCAGUUUGAAAGAGCUCAAAAGAAGAUGAUGAGAAAAUGGACAGGCAACAAUGUCAUUUUGGGUAUGACGCCUAUAGAUCUCGCCACAGAUUAUGCUGACUUAGGGUCUGCCUAUCAAGCACUGAGUCUAAAUGAGUCUGAUAGAGACGUGGCCGAUUCUAUCAAGAAAAUGAGUCGAGCGCUUGAAGAAGGCUCUCAUCAGUCGACGAAAAAAAUGGUCGAGUUAUUGGAAAGUGAGUUUUCUGAACAUGUGCAGGAUUAUAUUCAAUACUUGGCCAUGGCGAAACAAGUGUUGAAAUACCGUCGUUUAAAGCAAGCACAGUUAGAAUUGGUGGAAGAUGCGAUUGUAUCCAAAAAGGCUCAGUUACGCAACCUGACAAAGACAGAGGAAAAAUCACAACAGUUGAGAAAAAUGAUGAGCAGUCAGGAUGAGGCCCCUCUUGGAGGCCCAACAACAGAGCAAGAAGAGCAGCAGCAGCAGCAGCAGGAGGAGGAAGAGGAGGAGGAGGAGGCUGCUGUCCCUAGCCGGAUCGCAAGAGACCAGAACCACAGCCCAUUGGACUAUCCAACGAAUGCGAGCGCACCUACGAUGCGUGCUUCAAGACUUCAGACGAGAAAAUGGUCGUCGCCUAGAAAACUAUUAUCUGCUGUUACGUACACAAUACAAGGCAUGAUGGAUACAGACCCUGAACAAACACGACGAAAUCAAAUCCAAAAAUUAAAGGAUACUCUAUGGCAGUUGGAGGAAGCCAAAGUGAGGUUGAGACAAGAAUUAAAAGAGAUGGGUCAAACGAUACAUGAGGAACUUGAUCGAUUACACAUUCAGAAAGACACGGAAAUAAAAAAGAUGCUGAUCUCCUUUGCGAAAAUACACGUGUCUUAUUGUCAACAAAAUUGUGAAUUAUGGAAAAAGAUGAAAGAGGAAGUGACUUUUGUCAUCAAAGACCUGUGAGCUCUUAUAGAGUGACGAGCAUUGUAGCCAUGCGCUAUUUUUUGGAUCUUAUCCUAUGGUAACGAAUGUACGAUGAAGAUGAGGAAGGCAGCAGUAAAAGAGAAACAAUAUAAAAAGCAGUAGUAGUACUCGUAGGAAUAGGGUAGUAGUAGUAGUCGUAGUCGUAGUAGUAAUAGUUGUUGUUAUCGUCGGCAAAGGAGGGGCAGCAUGCGAGGAAGGAAAAGUAUAUUACAAAAC